UGUCAUUGAGAGCCCUCGCUGCCGGGAUGAGGCGAGAUCGGCUCUGGGAUUGCACACUGUUCUUGAAAGAGAAGUAACUGGCCCGCUGGCACCUGGAACCCAGCACCCAGGAGGUGAACCCAGACGGACCUGAGGAGGAGCCUGUGUCCUGUGUCCUUGGGAGGCUGCUCACUGGAUCAAGAUGACCACAGCCACCACUUUGGGGGACGCUGUCUUCUCGCUGAACAUGACCAGAGGAGAAGACUUCCUGUAUAAGAGUUCUGGAGCCAUCGUGGCUGCCAUCGUGGUGGUGGUCAUCAUCAUCGUCACCUUGGUUCUGAUCCUGUUGAAGAUGUACAACAGGAGAAUGAGGACCAGGCGGGAGCUGGAGCCCAAGAGCCCGAAGCCACCUGUCCCUCCUGCCCUGGACCCAAACAGCAAUGGUGGCCAGCAGCCUGUGACUGUGACCUUCAACCCUGCAGACAACCAAGUGGAGACUCGGUGACCCUGCUCCGCGCCAUCCCUGCCUCUGCAAAGAGCUUUUAUGACCCAGAAACACACUCUUCUGGCAGCUUCACUGAGUUCUUUCUGGUUGGGUAAACUGAGGCACCUUUCAUAUAGCCCCUGCAGCUUGAAGCCAUCCUUAACUAUGUUCUGCUCUGGCCUCCCCAGCUGUGUCCGUAUCCCUGCUGCCACUACACCAAAGAGCUAAGGACAUUCUUUUGUCACCUGAUGAGAAGCAUUCUGCCGGGGAUACUGGUGUGAGUGUGGUUCUUGCUCCAUGAAUGCUACAGCUAGACAGACAGACAGACAGACAGACAGACAGACAUCCGAGUGUUCUGGUCAGGGGUCAGGGAGUGCUAAUGAUAACGUCACCCAGGGUCUACCUUAAGCGUCAUGUCCACAACUUUGCAGAACAGAUCCUCAAUCCCAUAUCAGAUGCAAGGAAACUAACUUGGACUAACUAAGCACAAAACCAACUUGGUAAUGACUAACCUAUUCCAGGACUAGAUGACCACUAGCCAGCUCAUGAUGGCUGGUUAGAUCGCUUUUCCCCCUUAAGGGACAAAGGGUACAAGAGUCUGGACUUGGUGGCACAUGCCUGUCAUCUCAGCACUCAGUAGAGGCAGGAACAUUGUGAUUACAAGGCCAGCUUUGGUUGCACAUGGAGAUAUUUAACUAAAAAAAAAAUACAGAAUAAACAGUGUUCUCCAAAAAAUUCUACUUCAUUAGUAGUCAGGAGAAGAUGUCCCAAGGAGCAGAGGCUAUCUCUAGGGUGAGGAGCAGAGGCUAGCUCUAGGGUGAGGAGCAGAGGCUAUCUCUAGGGUGAGGAGCAGAGGCUAGCUCUAGGGUGAGGAGCAGAGGCUAGCUCUAGGGUGAAGAGCAGAGGCUAGCUCUAGGGUGAGGAGCAGAGGCUAUCUCUAGGGUGAGGAGCAGAGGCUAGCUCGAGGGUGAGGAGCAGAGGCUAUCUCUAGGGCGAGGAGCAGAGGCUAGCUCUAGGGUGAGGAGCAGAGGCUAGCUCUAGGGUGAGACAUUGUUAUGGUGCCCAUGCUUGGGUUGUGUGGUAGCUGCUCAAGAGACCCUUCCUUCUGCCCCAGGUGGACUACCCCCACUCCUCAUUUUCUGACUCCCUUUUAUUUGGAUGCUAAGCUCCCUUGAGAGUCCCCUUGCCUCUGGGACAAGUCUUUUGAGGCCCAUUAAACUCUGCAUUUCCUGUGUCCUUCCUGGUCACCUUGCAGAGACAGUGAACGCACCCAGAGACAACCGAUCCUCUGUGCCAGCUGACCUCUGAGCCCUGGGCCGGAAGACGGUCCACUAGCAGGGACAGACAUUUGGAAUUAAGAUUUACAUCCAAGCUGUACUAUCUUACUGACCUUGAAAAGGUGAUUCCGGGGCUCAUGCAAUGACUCAGUGGGUACAUGUAACCAAGUCUGACAACCUAAGUUCGAUCCUCAGGACCCACACGGCGGAGAAGAGAGCAGGUUCCUGUAACCUACCCUCUCGUGUCUACAUGUGUGUUGUGGUGCACCACAAACACAAUAAACAAAUUAAAUAUAAGUCAAACAAAUUUGAAAAGAAAAGGUUCCUGGGGGAUCUAGGAAGACGGCUGAGUGGCUAAGAGGGCUUGCUGUACAACCUGAGUUCAAAGCCCCAGAACUCACCUAAAAAGCUACCUGUGGUGAGACACACCUCUAACCCCAGCCCUGGGAAGAGGUAGAGAUGGAGGAAUCAUUGUGGCUUGCUCACUGCCAGCCUGGCUUCAGGAUCAGUGAAAAAGUCUGUGGCAAAGGAGUAAGACAGAGGACAAUAGAGCGGGCCACUCGAUGUCCUUCUCUGGUCCAGGUAUGCUCACAGGGGAGCGUAUGUCACACACGUAACACACACAAAAGUUUUUUUGAGACAGGGUCUCUCUACAUAGCUCUGACUGGCCUGGAACUCAUUAUGUAGAGCAGGCUGGACUUGAAUCCACAGAGAUCCUCCUGUCUCUGCCUCCUAAGUGCUGGGAUUAAAGGUAUGCACCAACCAUACCUGGUUAAAAAUAUUUAAGUGAUUCAGGCCUGGCAUGGUGACUCCCAAUUAUAAUCCCAGCAUUUGAAGUGAGAUAGAGACAUAGGAGCUCCGAUCAAGAGUUUAAGGUCAGCCGGGCGGUGGUGGCGCACGCCUUUAAUCCCAGCACUCGGGAGGCAGAGGCAGGCGGAUCUCCAUGAGUUCGAGGCCAGCCUGGGCUACAGAGUGAGCUCCAGGAAAGGCGCAAAGCUUACACAGAGAAACCUUGUC